AGUCACGAAUCCGGACGCAACUCCGCCGAUCCAAUGGCGGCCAGCCAGUCACGAAUCCAGACGCAACUCCGCCGUGUCCGUCUCUCUGUCUCGUCUUGUGGUGGUGCGUCGAGCACAAGCCUUUCUUAAAACGGAGGCCGCAGAAACCGUGGCCCAUGGCCACCCCCCGUGGAUUCUCCGCCCACGCGCGCCUCAUGCGCUCGUCGUCCUUCUCACCACACGCCGCUUUCCGCCUCCUCCAUGCUCACCCCCUCUCCGCCCGUGACCGGCUCCGGCCGCCGCCAUGCGGCCGCGGCCGGGAUUUCCUCUCGCCGGCGCGGGCACUCACGGCCGAUGGCCCUUCUUGCCUCUACGUGGGCCCUGUUGAGACGGCCACUCAGGAGCGACUCGAGGAGCUCUAUCAGCAGGCGCGUGAGUCAUAUUAUAAUGGUAACCCUUUGAUCAUUGAUGAUAUGUUUGAUAAAAUUGAGUUGAAAUUGCGACUGUGUGGUUCUAAAUCAGUCGUGAAAUAUCCUCGAUGUAGCCUUAGGCGUCAUUCAACCUAUGCAGAUGCUGAGGAGGAUCCUUCACAAGAGUUUGCUUUAGCAAGUAUUUGGCUUCUACUGCUUGCAUUUGGAUCAACUGCAAUCUUUGUGCCUGUCAUCUAUGUCAUCAGUCUUGCCUUUGCUGAUAACAUUAGCUCAAGAUAUUUCUUUUACAUUGAAAGAUCGACAAUUGGAUCCCUUGCGAUGGUUAACAAAACUCUGACAUUGGUACUGUGCUAUUUAGUUGGCUUUCCUCUUGCUUAUGCUUCAAUUCAAGCAUUGAAAGGCCUUUGGAGGAGUGAAUUAGUUGCAAUGAGAGGCGCAUGCCCAAAUUGUGGAGAGGAGGUUUUUACUUUUGUUAGAGCAGAAAGUUCCAGCACUCAGCUUCACCUUGCCCAUUGUCAUGUAUGUGAGUGUGCCUUGGAGUUUCAAAUAAAAGUGGUGCAAUCCUUCUCAAGGCCUGGAAGACGCUGGGUUUAUGGCAGAGUUUACUUGGUCCAACAGAGCUAAGUUAUGUGAACUUGAAGAGUUCCUCUGAAGCUAUGAAAUGAUAUUUAUAUUGAAUAAUUAUGUAAACAACUAUAUAGACAAUAAUUACAUUUUUUUUUAAAAAAUUAAUCUAUAUGAUGUAACUAUAUUAGUAAAAUUUGUUUAGAAAAUUUAGAUUUUGAUGACAACUUUGGCAUUUUUAAAAAGUGAAUCUAGUCCAUAAAUA